AUGGGGCCCCUGCCGCGGACCGUGGAGCUGUUCUACGACGUGCUGUCCCCCUACUCCUGGCUGGGCUUCGAGAUCCUGUGCCGAUAUAAGAACAUCUGGAACAUCCACCUGCAGUUGCGCCCGACCUUUAUUGCAGGGAUCAUGAAAAGCAGUGGCAACAAACCGCCAGCCCUGGUUCCUUCCAAGGGCAAAUACCUGACAAAUGACAUAAAGCUCCUCGGACAGCACGUCCAGGUUCCCAUCCGGAUGCCCAAGGACUUCUUCUCUGUGAUCCUUGAAAAAGGAAGUUUGUCAGCCAUGCGCUUCCUCACCGCUGUGAACAUGGAGCAUCCUGAGAUGCUGGAGAAAGUGUCCAGGGAACUGUGGAUGCGGGUCUGGUCACGGGAUGAAGACAUCACGGAGCCUGGGAGUAUCCUGACAGCUGCAGAGAAGGCAGGCAUGUCGACAGAAGGAGCCCGGGCACUUCUGGAAAAGAUCUCAACGCCACAGGUGAAGAACCAGCUCAAGGAGACCACCGAGGCAGCCUGCAAAUACGGGGCCUUUGGGCUUCCUGUCACUGUGGCCCACCUGGACGGCCAAACCCAAAUGCUGUUUGGCUCUGACCGGAUGGAGUUGCUGGCCUACCUGCUGGGAGAGAAGUGGAUGGGCCCUGUGCCUUCAGCCGUGAGUGCCAGACUAUAA